CUGCGGUACCCACCCAAGCAGCCGCCAAGAUGGCCUUGGGUUUUCCCACCACUCGCCGAGCAACCAGAAGCUGGGCAAACAGCGACAAACGACAACAGCUCUCAAAUAUCUCUCUCUCUGUACAGCAGCUUCAACCUACCCCGCCAAAACCAAAGACAACGAAAACAAACCACGCAAGAAACACCACACAUACCCCGCCAAACACAACCGCAAGAUGGAGGCCGCAAAGGAGACACUCGCAUCCGCAGUCGAGCAGGUCAAGGCCGCCCUCCAGACCCACGGCGAGCGCCUGCCCCAGACCCUCAGCGACGCCGGGCUCGUCCCCGGGCCGGCCGCCGAGCUCAUCCCGGAGGGCUUCCGGCCGCGGACCAGGCUUGAGGUCUCGUACGGCGACAAGGCCGUGGAGCUGGGCAACCUGUUCCGCGUGCGCGAGACAAAGGUGCAGCCUGUGGUCUCGUUCCAGCGGGAGGCCGACGUGGACCACAAGACGUCCUACACGCUGAUGCUGGUCGACCCCGACGCGCCCACGCCAGACGACCCCAAGUUCGCCUUCUGGAGGCACUGGGUCAUCACGGGUCUCGAGCCCCUGGGCGGCGCCGGCGACGGCAACGUCGUGGCCGCGACCAAGCCGGCUGCGACGGCGUACCACCCGCCAGGCCCCACGAAGGAGUCAAAACCUCACAGGUACCUGUUCGUCCUGUUCCGGGAACCCGUCCACCACGGCCUGGACCUCAAGCCUGAGGAUGUCGGGGGCGAGGAGUUCACCCAGCGGCGGUCCUUCAAGCCCGUCGAGUUUGCCAAGAAGCACGGGCUGGAACUCGUGGGUGUGAACUGGAUGAAGGUUGCUGCUGAUGAUUGGGAGUAAGCUGGUGUGGUCAGUCAGUACUAUGGUCGGCUCUGAAUAGAGUGAAUGGGCAAAUAGUGUGGGCAUACUGCGUGCGCAGUGGGAACAAUCUAGACGAUAGCAUUGCAUAGGUCAAAUUCCACACACGGUUCCAAAA